CCUCUACACGUGACCCUUCACGUAUAUAAAAAGGGGUGGCCACCCUACGCACGGGCCACCCUUUCAUUUGAAAUUUUUCCGAAUCUCUUUUUCUUCUCUCUUCAUCUCAGACGAAAAAACCCUCUUCUCUGUGACUGCUAUACUCAGCGUUCAAGAGGCUCAGACGUCAGGAUUUCUUCAAAGCUUUGGAAGCCGGUACUCCGACGAAGCUUUCACCUAGGCAAUACCUUCAUCCGCCUCCUAGUCAAACACUAUAAGUUCCCUGACCAUGUGUGUUUUGGAAAUAUAUUUCACUGUAGCUUAGGUAAAUAUUUUACUGUAGCCGCAUGCAUGGUUUUACUGGGUUUUUUCGAUAUGAAGGGUGAAAGCCCCUUUUUAGGCUAGGGUAUCUUUGCUGUAGGAAAUCGUUUAAGAGUAUGGUUUACAGGAUACUUUUUCUGGGGAAAAUUUCUGGGUAGGAGUUUUGGAACUUUUGGGUGCAAAACUGGGUAGCUUAGGGAACACGCUUCACAGGCGGUUUUGCAUUUUUUUUGCCUACUGAAACUUUCCCCCCAAGGCAAAUUCUAUCCUGACCCUCCUGAAACACGAAUUCCGAGUAAUCGGGGAUCUGUUGGGAUCACAGGCGCGUGUUCAUCGAACCGCAUGGUCCCACUCUCCACGGGCUGGGCUUACCUCAGCUCGUGCAAAUAACAUUUGAUUUUUCCUCACGCUUGGGUCGCCUUUUCUGAAAUGUUUUCUUUUGUUCGUUAGGCGACCAGAUGGCACCGAAAAGGAACGCCCCCAAGAAGACCGUCAGCAGCUUGGCCUCACAGCAGGACAAAGGAAAGACGGUGAUGCCGGACUCCCCAAUCCCCAACUUUGGGCCAGCGGUGGAGCAGGAGGUCGAGGUCGCCCCCGACGCCUUCUUUGAGGCGGAGAGGAUCGUCUCAAAGGUCACCGACCAGACGAAGAUCAACAAAAUCUUUCUCUCCCACAACAUCGCCCUGGGGAAAGCAUCCGUGGUGGCCCGACCUGCCGUAGAGGGCGAGCGGAGCUGUGCGCCGCUCGACGAGUCGUUCGCAGCCUGGAGCGGCGAACAUUUUAAGGCGUGGGCCUUCCUCCCGCUGGAUCAGUAUUUUGCUGAUUUCCUUAAUUACGUGGGGUUGGCCCCAUUUCAGCUCCCCCCCAACUCCUAUCACUUGCUGGCGGGGUUGAAAUACUUGUUUCAGAAGCAUGAGUGGGAGGUCCCCACUCCUGCGGACAUCUUAUACUUUUUCUGCCUCAAGGCCAGCCCGGACCAGCAGGGGCGAGGCGACGGGUUUUACUCCUUAACCCGAUUUCCCAAUACGGCUGCGGUCAUCGAGCUGCCCAGCCACCCCAACGACUUCAAGGACCAGUUCUUCAUGUUGACGAGGUUCAGAAACUGCGAGCUCCACUACUUCAAUUGCCCUCGUAAGUGUUUUUUUUUUAUUUUUUAUCCUUAGCUCGGAAGUUAAGUGUCGCUUUUGCUCCUCCCAUAUCCUUUUCUGACUUAGACCAAUCAUGCAGCCAUCUUCGCGAGGACAGAGAAAUAUGUGACCCUCGGGGCCCAAUAUGAGACACUGGCGGGCUUGCCCCCCAGUGAGAAAGAUUACCGCGCGCUCGUAACGGACGAGACGAUGGUGGCCUGCAAGCUGAUUUUCCCAAAUCAGACUUUGAACCUCAGGAGGCCCCGGGGGCUUCCCCCAGCUCACAACACCAGACCCAUCAUCGUGGAGGAGGUCGCGGAAGACGAGGAUGAGGAGGACGAGGGCGACGAAGUUCCCCUCGUGAGGAAUAGGAAGUGGACCUUGGAGAUCGUCCCGGGGACGGGCGAGGAGAGGAUCCAAUCCGGAGCAGCCGCGGGUCCUUCUGGCCAAGGUAACCCUUACAUGUUUAGGAGUCUAGAUAGGGCCACAGCAGACCCCCGGCUGGCUAGGUUCAAUCCUAGGCAGCUCGUCCAUCGUCACCGAAGCGAUCCGGACCUGAACACAACCCUGCUCCAUUGUGUUGACCGGCUUGUGCUGGACUAUCAAGAUAGCCGGCCUAGGGGUACCGUAGUAGUAGAUAACACCCUAGCCUUUAGGUCGAUCCUAUUCGAGGAGUAUGGGACCAACCUUCGUACAUGGCCCUCACUCUGGAGGGGCGUCGCAGCUCUGGGGAUUAGGCAAUAUGUAGAGGAAUCUAGCCCUGAGUCAGACCCGGACCCAGAACUUGCGCCAGCUCGGGAAGUAAUCGACUUAGAUUCUUCUUCUAGCCCGGGGGGUAGGAUUCCCUCAGUACACAUACUUGAAUUUUUCUUUAUCCCUUCGCUUUUGUUUUUGCAUGAUCGUUAAUUCUCGUACUAACCAUGUUUUUUCCUUGGCAGAAGAUAUGUCUCAGCCCGAGGAGAGCCUACGAGGUGCGGUUUUCGGAGGGAACGCCGCCGCGGGGCCAAGAGCGAAGAGGCUCCGGACGUCCAAGAACGCCGCCGGGACACCCACCAAGUCCCCUGCGAAGGAGAAGGAUCAAGCCCCAGCUGCACAGGUCGCGGGAGCAGUCCUUCCUGGUGCAGGGGGAAGCAAUAUGCCUCCAUUCGCUCCGCGAGCUCCACUCGCUGUCUGGGAUGUGGGAACGGAGGUCAGGACAUCGGCCAUCGUACCUUCCGAUGUACGCAUCCCAGUCAAUCCCCAGGACCUGGAGAAGAUCCCCGAGGCCUUUUGGGGAACGGUGUAUGAGUCGACGAACUACGCCGUCAGCCACAUAUACAAGUUCACCGAGAAGGAGCUCCGGGCCAUCGAGACAAUGAGCCCGGUGGGCGGGCUGGAAUCUUCACUAGACAUGGCCAUGACGAGCGUUGUCGCCCUUCACCGGAGCAUCAUCAGGACCAAAACUCAGCUCGGGGACAUGAGGGACGAGCAUCAGACUACCCUGCAGGCGGCCAAGGAUGCCCUGGCAGCCUCGCAGGUCGAGCUGGAGAAAACUCGUUUGAAGGUCCAAGAGCUCAAGACCUCCCUUGCCACCUCGAGGACGAACCUAGACGCCACGAAGACUGAGGUCCAGGCCGCCCAGGCUGCUCUAGAGGCCGAGCGGACAACUUCGGAAAAGUCCAUGGAAGAUCUGUUCUACCACUGCUGGGCCUACAAUCCAGAUGCAGACUUCUCCUUCAUGUCAGCGAGCCUCUGGGAGCGCUUGCUGGUGAAGUUCCAAGCUCGCCUUGAUAAAGAGGCGCCCUCGGAGAUCGGGGAUGGUUCUGGCACAGCUGAGCGAGGCGAGACGGUGACCUCCAAGGGCCCACCUGGCGGAGCUUAGGGCGUUUCUUUUCUUGUGCCCCCCAAUAUUUUUUAAAUAAUUUUUAUGUAACCUUUGCAUGAGGUGCUUUCACCUCGAGACAAUUUUCUUUAACGCUUUUAAUUGAUCAUCUCUUUUUUGCCUUUACGCA